AUGCCUUUUUCUCACCAAAGAAAGACCUCUUUUGAAGAAAUAGACCCAUUUGCCGCGGCAGAUACCUACUACGGGCCCCAGACAGACCCCUCGAAGUCCAAUAAGAACUCCAGGUAUGGCCGAACAAGGACAAUGUCUGCGGUUGUUCCUAGCCACCGCAAACUGUUCCAUCAAGAUACGUUCUCGCCUUCGCCCACGCCUUCGAACGGGUCGGCGGUGUUUGACCUGCACCAUGAAUCGGACGAUGACAACGACUCGGCGGUGUCGGGUCCGCCCUGUGCAUCGGGAUCGGACGUUGCUUCUCCCUCCGAAUCUACCUCAUUGCUUGUUCGGGAUCACAAUCUGGACGCUGUCAAUGCCAGCAAGAUGUACUCGCUUCCGGCGCCGUCGUCGGGAACGUUGAACAGCGGCACGAGCAACACCACGCUGAGACGGCGUGGAUCUGCAGACGAUUCUUCCAGCAUGAAGAACUCCAAACGGUUUUUUAUCAGUGACAUCGACGCCACUUUGGAAGAGCUGUUGGAAAACGAAGACACAGAUAGAAACUACCAGAUCACCAUCGAGGAUAGUGGACCCAAGGUUUUGAAACUGGGAACCGCAAACUCCAACGGGUUCAGACAAUACGAUAUCAGAGGAACAUACAUGUUGUCCAACUUACUACAGGAAUUGACAAUUGCCAAACGCAUGGGUCGCAAGCAGAUGAUUCUCGACGAGGCCAGAUUGAACGAGAACCCGGUCAACAGACUCAAAAGACUCAUUUCCAAGACGUUCUGGAAAAACCUCACUCGAAGACUUGACGAGGACACGGUGAUUGAGAUGGCUUUGGAUACCAAGAUCGACACUCCAGAGGCGAAGAUGCCUAGGAUCUACGUUCCCCACAACUGUCAAGAGCAUUUUGCCUUCUACGAGUCGCUGGCCAAGAAAUGUCCCGAACAAAAUCUCCAGGUAGAGUAUCUUCCCGAGAAGAUUGAUGCCGACUACAUCAAGUCAAUCAAUCACAAGCCGGGACUUCUGGCAUUGGCUGCACGCAGAAAGAGCAACAAGUACGGCGAUUUGGAAGGGUUCCCGUACGUUGUUCCUGGCGGACGGUUUAACGAACAGUAUGGCUGGGAUUCCUAUUUCGAGACCCUGGGAUUGCUCUCCUGCGAUAUUGUCGAGCCGUGUAUCGGCAUGUGCGAGAACUUUAUUUUCGAGAUCGAGAACUACGGCAAGAUCCUGAACGCAAACCGGUCGUACUACUUGGGAAGAUCACAGCCUCCAUUUUUAACCGACAUGGCAAUCCAGGUUUUCACCUAUUUGCAACAGAAGAGAGAUAUUGAGGAUCUUGAUUUCUUGGAAAGAUCUGUUCGCGCAGCUAUCAAAGAAUACUAUACCGUCUGGUGUUCCGAACCAAGACUUGACCCAGAGACCGGGUUGUCGUGCUACCACCCAGAUGGUAAAGGCAUUCCUCCAGAAACAGAGGCCACGCAUUUCUGUGCUGUUUUACAACCAUACUGUGAGAAAUACGGCGUUUCGUUUGAGGAAUUUACAAAGAAGUACAAUAACGGCGAGAUCGUGGACCACGAGCUGGACAUUUACUUUCUGCACGACCGUGCAGUGAGAGAAAGCGGCCAUGACACGUCGUACCGGCUGGAAGGAGUGUGUGCUGAUUUGGCCACCGUGGACCUAAACUCGCUGUUGUACAAGUACGAGCGCGACAUUGCGCAGAUAAUUCGCAAGUACUUCAACAACCAUCUGGUGAUCAACGACAACACAGAGACGGCCGAGAAAUGGGAGCAGCUAGCCGAACGCCGCAAACAGCUCAUCGAUAAGUACAUGUGGAACGAGGAGAAGGGCAUCUACUUUGACUACAACGUGCGGACCAAGAAGCAGAGUCUGUACGAGUCUGCCACGACGUUCUAUCCGCUAUGGGCCAAGCUUGCUUCACGGGAGCAGGCCAGAGCGUUGGUAGAGAAAGCUCUACCGAAGUUCGAGGUGUUUGGCGGGAUUGUGAGCGGUACCAAGGAGUCCUUGGGAGAGAUUGGUUUGGACAAACCGUCUAGACAAUGGGACUAUCCGUUCGCGUGGUCGCCGCACCAGAUCAUGACCUGGAAAGGUUUGCAGAACUAUGGCUAUGGGGCCAUAGCCAAACGGUUGUCGUACAGAUGGUGCUAUCUAAUCACUCUUGCGUUUGUGGACUUCAACGGAAUUGUUGUUGAGAAGUACGACGCAACGUCGACACAGGAGCCGCAUAAAGUCGACGCCGAGUACGGCAACCAGGGGUCAGACUUCAAGGGAGUUGCUACCGAAGGGUUUGGCUGGGUCAAUGCCGGGUAUUUAUUGGGAUUGGAGAAUCUCGACAAGAGCGGUAUUCGUGCUUUGGGACUGGUCACUUCUCCUAUUGACCUGUUUCCCAAGAUGAAUUCGACCGAACGUCGCAAUUACGGAUUAGAAUGA